GCCCUGGGUGGAUCGGGGACAACGACGUGUCCGAUAUCGCCCGACUCGGGGACCUGGACGACGAGUUCGCGUUUGCCGCCGACGAUGAAAUUGGCGACACGGAGUCGCUGAACGAGAACUCGUGGUGCGAAUGCGAGCCAGUGGUUCUCGCAGAUAGCGGGGGCACUCCCUUUCGCGUGAACGACACCGUGCACUGGACGGGCGCAGACAACGCAUUCGGCAUGAUUGGGAAGGUGGUGGGUCCGAGCGCCUGUUUCGGCGGGGACUCCGUGCGGGUUACCUUCAAACAGAUAGUCUACGACUGCAGGAUCACCCACGUCAGCCGCUCCAACCCUUCCGGAUGGAAAAGAGCCAGGACCAAGCGGGAACUGGCGACCGAGUGCGUAAACCUGUCGACGAACAAGUACGUCAACACAUGCGUCCCCGAUGCGUUGGCCAAGCACGGCUACCCCAUCGACGUCCGCCAGUCUGGCCCAUUCACUGUGGUGGAGGCCCGCGCUUGGUUGCAGCAGUGGGGGAAGAUCCUAGCCCAGGUCCCCGCAGCCGCCACGUGGUCCCCUGGCGACUACCCACAGAUAUCUGGGCCACACUGCACAGCCUUUCGCACGCGGUCCCAUAUUCCAAGAAGGGCCCGGCCGCGCUGCGCGCCGCGCUGUGACGGGGUCUGGUACAAGAUCGUCGAUGGAAUCCUGGGGGCCUCUGGCACGUUCUCCAUGAACCUUGCUGCUGGCGGCGAGGACGAUAACACAGAUGACAUCAUACUAUCGGAUAAUAUUAGGCCGAACGGCCCUGUCCUGGAUUUUGGUCGAGAUACAGAGUUUCAGCGAUGCGCUGCGCGCCUCGCAGACAACGCGCCUCUGAAGGUCCCCAGUGACGGUCUAUGCUUGUACCACGUGGUGGCAGCUGCAGCAGUCGGGCCUGCCGAGUGGAAGCCCCUGCCCCUGGAAACCAAGAUCCUUGUCGCUCGUAGGAUCAAGGGGUGCAUUGUCGCCGUUGCCAGGGCCUGCGGCGACGAAGCAACUGCAAGCCGUUUGGAAGAAGGGGACGGCGCGGAGAACUACCCUGGAGUGCCGGACCUGAAGUAUUUCACCAAGUACAUUGGUGGAGCAAUACACGUACACGACGAAGAAGAUAACACAAUAAACCAUGAGCUCCGGACAGAGUUUCCCGCAGACGACGGGAACAAGGAUCCCAUGAUUAUUGUUUGGCAUUGCUCCACUCGCGACGGCGCGGGCGUGGAAUGCCGCGAGCACUUCGAGCUGUUCCAGACUUACGUCCGCGUCCGUGAGAGGAAGGCCGCGCCUGAAGCCGUGCUCAGGCGCGCGGAGCUGCCAGGGGCCAGCGAGUCGCAAUCUGCGUUCGCGUCCCUAUGGCAGGGCGCCGGCAGCGGACUGACCAAGCUAAAGGACGCGAAGAAGCUCGAGGAGCCGACGGCGGGGAGCAUCUUGGACGAGGCGAGAACCCUGGACGAAAAACUGAAGGGAGACGAGCGAACCCAACAUUGGAGCGACCGCAAGCGUCGUCUCGCCAUGGCAGCGCUCAGCAUCUACAGCCUGCGCCCCACGGACUUUUCAGUCCGAGACCACGUCAACCUGAUGUGGAUCAUAUUCGGUGGUCGCCGUCUCCGCGCGCACCACUCCCAAUCGUAUUAUUACAACGAGCGCUUGGGUAGCAUGGAGGCUUAUCAAGGAUUGCUCCCCGACUCCUUCCACAAACACAUCCUCGUACACAUGCUGGAGCUGGAGGGUCUGUUCCGCGAGUUCGGCACCCCUGUGAGGCAGCGGGACGAAGACGUUCUCGAACAUAUUAUUGAAAUUUUCAAGAAAACCGAGAGCGAGAGCGAUCUUUUCCAAACUUUCGUGGCGAACGCUUGCCAUAACAAGGGGAACAGGGCCUUGGCGCAGGCGCUGAAGGGAUCUGGCAAAGGGGGCGCGCAGAGGAUCCCGAAAGGCAACGAUGGCAAAGGCAAUCUUGAAGCGGUAGAUGAUCUUGCCGAUGCACUUGCUGGUCUCAUCGACGAGGGAGAGGGUGGCGAAGACACGUCUGGUCAUAAUCUGUGGCACAUAGUAACGGCAAAGAAUAUUUCCAGAUUGGUGGGGCGCAUGCAGAUGGAGCUGAGCUCCAAGUCGUUAUGGUCCCACUUCAGCGAAUGGUGUGACACCCCCGAUCCCAGGGCCAAGGGGGUCGCUUUCAAAGACUGCUGCGUCCUCUUCGACACCCCCGCCGGGAACGUGGAGUACCUCGAUUCACGGAGCCCCGACCACAACAUAUACUACGGCACGCCGUGGAGUCUUCUGGGGGGGUCCGACCCGACCGUAGACGCGAACGUAGCUCGGUGUCAGAGUAUAUACGAGAGAACUUGUUGGGCAAACUUUAAAGCAUAUCAAUUUGUCCAGGCCUGCAUCGAGCUUGCGAAACGCGGGAGGAACGUCAACCAGAUUGCGUUUGUCCUCGGGCCUGGAGGCGUGGGGCUAUCUCUAUUCACGGCGCACCUGGCAGACAUGCACCCGCUGGGCCACCGAUACUACGACCCGAACGUCUUCUACAGCGACGACGAAUUGCGGAAUACCGUGGAACUGCUCAUGGGGGGCUUCAUCUUCUCGGGGCGGCUGCCGCACGCCAUUCUCACUCGCCCGUACCACGUUAUAGGCUGGAAGCGCAUCGAGUGCAAUCGGCUGUUCAAGUUCGAUGACAUUACCGAGACGAAUUACGAGGCUAUCUUCAGGCGGUGCGCCGUUAUUCGCAUCUACGCAAAGUUAUUCGAGCCUUUGUUCUUGGAGCGCAACCUCGCCGACCACGAAUUGUACGGAAUCUUCAAGCGAGAGAUCGAAGACAACGGCGCCAACGAACUCAAGAAGAUUGCUUUGCAUUACUCCGUGAAAUUCUUCCGCGACAAGAGACUGCCUGGCAAUGCUCAAGCCCUGACGCACGGGUACUUCGUGGCCAUGAGGCUUCCUCCUGGCUUACCUGGUACGUACACGAAAGCCAAGUGCUGGCAAUCCCUUAAGGGGAGUCCACAUGUAAUUUCACUGCGUGCGGAGGGACACCUGCUUCCCCGCAUACCCCUUGUCGAGGGCGCCGACGUGCCGUGCCCGCCCCUGAAGGCCGACGACCCCCUCAGCUCUUUCACCGAGCGGUACGAUGCAGAAAAUUUCAAGCGCGUGUUCCACGGGUGCAUUGCGAGGGAGAUGAACCUCAGCCUGCUUAUACAACACCUCGACUCUCUGCCCUCCAAGAGCGGCAAGGCAGGUAGGUUGGCAGCGAAGAGUUCCGACGCCGGCAUGCACAAGCAAACGGUCAAUUACAAGCGAACUCGCGAGUGGAGAUCCAGGAAGCACGCCAGCGGCACGGCGGCACAGCACAUGCAGCGAUUCAUGCAGGUGGCGACGCUACCGCAUACUAUCGACGUGGACAUGAAGAACGCGAAGUUCUGCUUAAUUCCCCAGAUUAUCGGGCGCUCGGGUCUCGCGGACAGCGCGACGUGGGCACCAGAGGUAGCCCACCUGAAGGAAUUGCAGUACAACCGCGGCCGCAUUUGCACAGGAUCACUGGGGGUUCCAGAAGUAGUGGGCAAAGAGAUCCUCAAUCAGGUCUUCGAGGGCGGGGAGAUCCCGCCGCGCUUCAGUGGCAAUGAAUACCUGCAGAAACAUAAGCAGGCGGGGAGGUGGUGGCGAAGCCUAGCAGCAACAGCUCUGCCCAGCGUCUUCGAGCAAUUGAAGGGCGACGCCGACGUCAAGAACCCAGACAGGAGCGUGGCUUCUCAUCUGUGGAUGGGGUGCGAGGACUACAUAUUGGAGAAUCUCGUUGAAUACCUUUUACAGUACAGCAAGGGCCACAUGUCUUUGCACUACGACGGAGUCCGCGCGCAGCGAGACACGAUGAGCUCUAUCGCGCGCGCAACUUCUCCAGACGAGUACGCCAGCGGCAUUUCCGACGCGCAGGUUUUCUUGAGGGAGUGCGAACAAUACGUACAGGAUGCGACUGGGUAUCACGUCGAGUUCGCGAUCAAAAACCAUCGAUAUUUCCAGAACUGGGUUCCCAGUGGCCCUGCGGGCGAUGCCCCUCAUUUACACGACAUAUUCUACAAGCUUGGCAACUGCAUUGGGCUUUGUUUGGCGCGCCUCUCCAUCGGCGCUGACGCCGCCCAGGCCUUCCUGGAAUCGUUGGACACGCCGUCGGUGGCCAGCGAGGGCGCGGAGCGCGUUGCGGGCAGCCUGGACAGGAAGAUGAUUCUCAUCUUCGAGGUGCACCCCAAUGUCGCCACUCCUCCACGCCAAGUUCGACUGCUCGAUCUUCGCGCAGGGGGCGCGGGCCACCAACCUGACGAGCGCUGUGCCGACGGCGACGCCGCGGCGUCGCAGGACGCUGCGGUGUGCGAUCUUUCGGAGGAGUGUAAGCCGAUAGAGGCUUGGGUCGAUUGCCCUGACGUGGCCGACGAGAACGACGAGGCAGCGGUACACGUGCACGAGGCGCUGUCCAAGAUCUUGUCUGAUGAGACCCGGCAUGUCACCGAACAGUUCCUCUCCAACAGGAAGAUCUCUGCGCGGCCGCCGCACGCGCGCGCGCGUGAUGCUACCUCUUCGAUGCGAUGCCCGUUGUGUCCGAGGAAGGCCGUUGGCGACAAGAGCCCGAGCACCUUGCGCAAGCGGCUGGAGGACCACCUUGAUAAGCACCACUGGCCCAAGGAGCUGGGCGACCGCAACGCUGACUUGUCCAAGUACGUACCAGGGGGGGCCAGACAGCUAAAGGCCCUCACGGCUUUGUUCGAGGACGACUGCCUGCCAGGCCGCGCCAGGACGCCCUACCUACAGGAUUCAGCCAGCAUCAUCCGCGGAUGCUUUCCUGAGCAUGCGCUGGCAACGCGCACCGACAGGACGACUGACAGAGAUCUCUGUUUCCUAUUGGACAGCACUGGGCCGACUUUUUUCUACGACGGAGGUGAAGACAUUCGGCGGGACGCACGGCGGGUGGGAAACGUAUGCUACACGCGGGGCUUCGCGAACUCAUUCUUGGAAUUCUCCUUGGCGGAGCAUGGCCGCUUGCGCCCCAUCCGCGACAGGUUGGUCCAGGUGUGCGACCGCGGCCACAACCCCUUCUGGCAUCUCUUCCCGAGACACCCAAAGACGACUGCAGCAGUACUUGAGGACAUCAUGACGCCCCCGUACGCGCAAGGCACCAAGGAGAGGCUUAUCACGCAAUGUUGCGAGCACAGUGAGUUCACACACAUGUCCAUCGACGCUACGGUGCGGGUCGCAAUGCCCCUGAAGGGCCAAGCCAAAUACAGGGCAAGCCGCGCGAAGAAAGAAGCCGCUGCGCUCCCAGAGGAGGAAGCCAAGCGGUCGGUCCUGACAGCGCGAGGUCGCACGGGCGCAGCGCUCGGGACGCGGUUAAUCCAAAGUGAGGCGACCAACCAUGUUAGCGACGCUCUGGCCGGCCACUUCCCCCAGGAUUAUCGUCAGCAAGUGGUCGCAAUCUUUUCAGAUGACCCUUCGAAUCUGAUGUUCGCGACCUUGCGGAGGGCGUUCCCUGAGUUAACGUUCCUCUGCCUGGACUCAGUGCACUCGGUGAUCGUGCAUCUCCAGGCGCGCUACCGCAAGCGGACAGCUGGUUCGCAGCACCACAGAAUUAUCAUGCACAAGCUAAACAAGGUGGACACGUCUUUCAACGCAGGGUCUUGGGGGCCGCCGUAUCGCGGCGAUGGGAGCGUAGAGCUGACCCAUCCAGAGGCGCACGCACGGGCCCACAUAGAGUCUGGAACGCUUCCCAUGCCCGAGGCGCAGCGCAUUCACGCCAGCAUCGACCCGAAUAAACCGUAUGCGACGCGCUUCGAGUUCAUCGCAGCCCUCGCAUCUUUGACCGCGUUGUUCUGGGCGGAGGUCGAACGCAAGACCCACGUGAAUUCCCAGACGCCGGCGAAAGUGAUAUGGCGCGCUGCCGCCGCCAGUCGGGCCGAGUGGCAUUUGAACAACCAGAG